CAUCCCCCAAUUCCCCAAUAAAAAUCUUAAAAAAAAAAAAAGUUGACAAUGAGAUAAUGGCACUCGGGCAUUAGAGUUCAGAACAGCCUGUCAGGUGCUCAGUGGGGGUCUCCUUAGAUGGCAAAGACCAAUGGGAGAGGCCAACUGUCAUAAUCAUGGAAAGGACAGGGUUCUCUGGCAUAGCCUCUGCCCAUUGUCCGGGCAAUUGUGCAGCCCUGUGACCUGUGUGCUCUGGGCAAUGUGACAAUAACUCCGUCAUGGGACUUUGCACGAGGAACUACAACUUUGCCCCCAGGAAAGAGCGGUCAUUCUAGCCCACUUGGGGAGGGGAGGGCUUCAGGGAGGUGGUGACAUUUCUAUCGGGAGGAAGGAGAGAGGAGUGGACACUGCAGGCAAAGGGAAGGGAGCCUGAUCAAGAAUCCCGACGGCCGUCCUGGCAGCACGCCUCCCAGGCACAGGCGACUGAGUGUUCUGCAGCCACAGUCAUGCCAGUUUGCCCAGAACAGUUCCAGCACAUCGCGUGCAUCAACAGCACCUCCUUUCAGUCCCCAGAUAGUCCAUGUGCUCAUCCUGCUUGAACCCCAGGUUUUAAGGAGGACCAUCAGGGAGGUUAAGGAAGCUGGCAAAGGGCACACAGCAUUCUAGGUAGCAGGCUGGGCCUUAAAGCAGGUCUGUGGCUCAGAGGCCUGGCCUCCACGGCCCAGAGGCCUGAUAGCUCAGCCGUGAGCCCAGGAACCCUCUUCCGCACCAGGCUGCAAACAGCUGAGAACCCGAGAGGGCCUCCCUCAGACAGAGGCUUGGCAGGCUGGAAGAGGGGACGGGAGGAACGCCCGAGGUCCCUGCAGGCCAACCAGCUGGUCACAGCUUUCCUCCAAGUCGCCCUGUGGGAACCAACACAAGGCUGCCUCUUUAACAGCCCCAGGUCUUCCAUUUGUCCAUGGUGGGUUGAUCUCUGCAGCUUAGGGUCCCUCCAGGUUAGAGCUCACCAGGCCGACCACUGAGCUCCCCAGGAUCCCAGAGGGGCAAGUCUGGGCUCCAGCUCUUGGGCUCUUUGAACUCAAAUGAGAGCAAACAGGAGGCAGGCAGCCCUGAGCCCGGGGGAGUCAGUGCUUCACCCCCACUUUCCCCUCUUCCAGGAGGAGGGCUAACAGUGACAUCUCUCUGUGGGGCACCUUGUUGGGAGAAAGCAACUGCAGAGCGCAGUGGCCCCCGGGAAGAAGGGGAUCCGGGCAGUGGGGCCCAGGGCUGAGCUCCACGUGUUCCCAACAGCCUAGGAACUCAAUUUCUGGAAGGCAAAUGUUAGCUUAGCAGCAGAGUGGCCACGUCAGAUGGGCUGAAACGCUCCCCACACCUGCCUGAGGCUCUUGACAGCGUGGCUGCUCCCUCGCCAGUGUCACAGCAGACACAUAGCUGACCACACGCCUUCCUUCUUCCCGGGCCUCUGGUUCCCACCGGUGACCAGCGUGCCCUCCAACUCCGGGGCGCGCACCUCAGUCACUGCGGCAGUAGCAGCAGCCGUCAGUGCGAGCUUGGCUGCCAGGUGCUGUGAGACGGGUACACUUGCUGCCCUUCCUGACCUCCGGAAGAAGCUGGGGCGAGUGGGGCGGGCUGCUGCUCGUCCUUGUCCUUGCCAGGUAGCUGUGCAGGUGAGCAGGCCGGACGUCUCUCCCGUUUCUCAUCGGGAAAACGAAGAUACAAAUGGCAGCACCCUUUCUUCGGUAGGAUCCUCCAUGGAGGGCUCAGGUGGUACCUACCGGGUGGGCGCACCAGGACGAGGCAGCAGCCGCCCGGAGGUGCAGGACGCUGAGACCCAGCAGCCUAGCCUGUCGCUUGGUACCUGCGGGGUGGCGCUCAUUCAACCUUUCACGGGGCUCCGGCGGUUUUGGGGACACUACUGGGCACGGGGGAAGCCGCUGCUCUCCGGGGCACGAGUCAUGGGCCUUGAGGGUAUUAGGUCAGACAAAAGAGGGGCUGGGACCUGCGCGCCCAGAGUGGGGAAAAGGACCGAACAGAUGGUGUGCAUUGGGGGCGGCUCAGAGGGGCGGGCGGAGGUGACGGCCAAGCCGGGGAGGAGGGGUCUGGGAGAGGCGGUGGCGUGCUGGGGUCCGACCCCCGAGACGGGCGCAGGCGGGCAGUGGGGCUUCGACGGCGGCCUGUGGACUGGGGCUGGCGGCGUCUUCCCCUUCCAGGGCUCUGUGGAGAGCAAAUGGGCAUUGCUUCUCGAGAGCUAGGUGUGGACAGAAACCAACUUCCCCAGCGGAACGAACCCGGAGCCGCCAACAGUCCGUAACCAGGCAACCGGCCGGCCGCCGCGAGGUGCGCACGCGCACUCCGUUGCGGCGGCCAGCGCAUGCGCUGUCACCUGCCGCCCGUCUCCCAGACUUCGAACCCCAACAGCAGAAGGGGAGGGACGCGCCUGCGCCAGGGAGCCGUUCUGGUUCUCGGCUCAGUCAAGUAGCUCUUCUCGGCGGGUGCACCUGCUGGCAUCAGUCGUUCAACACUGGUUUUUCCCUUGGGUUUGACUGAAGAAUCCCUACCCUUCUCACAUCCUAGAACGAGAAACGGCUACAAGAAAGAGCAGGCGUCACCGGAGCGACGUCCUCAGGCAGCCCCCGGGCUCGCCCUGCCGGGCAGGUGAAAAUUGGGCACACUUUCCUGAGAAUAUUCCGUCAACUGAGUCCAAGCAACACCCUACAAAAAAGAUUAAGGAAAGCCUGUAUCCUGCAUCUUUCUGUGAGCGGCAUCUGUCAUCAUGCAGCCGCCGCCCCAGGCUGUCCCACCCAGCGUGGUGGGGCCACCUCCAGCCGGGACCCCUCAGAGCACACCCUGGUCUAGCAGCCCAUAUAGGAGACAGGCGACAGCUAGUGCACCAGUGGCUCCAGGAACUCGCCCAUUGCAGCCGGUGACGGACCCAUUUGCUUUUAGUAGACAGGCGCUCCAGAGCACAUCGUUGGGCAGUUUGUCCAAAAGCAGCCUGCCCGUCUUGCCAGGCCCAGCCUCGCCAGCGUUUCUUCAGCGCUCUGGUCUGCCUGUGCCUCACACAGAUGCUGGGGGUGGCUCCCAGGGACCCCUUGAGCCUCUUCCGGGACCUGUGUCGCAGCCCAGGGCAGAUGCCGGCUCAUUUUCCAGUGUGUUGACCCCUUCAGCACUGCCUGAGCCAGAGAUAAACAGGAGUGCCGAGGUCUCAUCCAGCUGUGAACGGGAAGCUCAGACUCAGUACAUUCCAGGAGCGGGUCCUGACAGUUCUCAUGAGGGCCAUUCACAUGGGAACCUGCCUGGGCCCGACAGGCCCCCGAGUGGGCAGAACGUGCACGACAGCGCUGCGGCAUCAGCAGCGUCCCCUUUCUUCCCUCUGCCUCAUCAGCAAAUGCCAGGGCGGUGGGGGUCGGUGCAGGGAGGCCCCCAGCCCCCAGCUCAGCAUUACUGGCCCUGCCCAGAAGGACCUGUUCAGAACACGGUGCCCCAGGCCUCCAGUAUUUCCCACCUCCUCUCUCCGUCCAACCCACAUCAGGGUCCUGGCCACGAGCCACACAGCCCACUGGUAUCUUUACCAGGAACCAUGGCCGGUGACGGAAGAGUUGAGGCAGCCUACCUGCAAAGUGGAAACCACUCAACAAGUAACUUUGAUCUUGAAAACACAUUCAGGCAGAAUUUCCGAGUUGGGAAUACUCGGGCUGGCCAGGAGUUCAGGCUGAAUCCAGGAGUGAAUAAAGAGCAGUUGCCAGACCCUGCUCCUGUUAACCCCCUCGCUCAGGGAAAUAACUCCGAAAGCCAUUUGCACUACGCCCUGGGGGCCGGGACCAGCGGGGCCCUGCCAGAAGCAGACUCGGGCGCGCUCUCCAUGUUUUUCCAGGGGGGAGAGACAGAAAACGAGGAGAACCUCUCAUCUGAGAAAACAGGCUCUGCUGCUCAGUCUGACUUGGACGGGUUCUCCCCCAGCCCUGGACUUGGCCAUCCCCCUGCAUAUGUGGGAACAGGCGGUGUGUACCAGGCCUUUCCCAACGCCUCCAACAGUGAGACCACGCCGCAGGGAGGGGACGUGCAGCCAUUCUUUCCUCGGUCUUCAGGCAUCCAACAUGAUAAGCCAACCACUGAAAACGCUGCUGUUGAUGUGUGGGGUGACAUGCCAGGUGCGGGGACUCGGGACGCUGGCGGCUCGCACUAUGAGAAUGCUGAGAACUCAGAAUUCACUCAGAAUCAAGAGGUUCUGCCACGUGAACCCCCCAGUUUGGACCCUUCCUCCCCAGGUGAUCAGCUCAGAUAUGGGCCCCUUCCCGGAGCAGCCAUCCCCAGGCGCAGUGUCUUGGGCCAUGCUGGAGGGGGGGGCCCUAAUCUCGAAGCCCUGGAUGCGCCACUUUAUGCUGUGCGCCCCGACAGCGUGUCCGGUUACAGUAGCAAGAGCCACAGGAGUCAUCCAGCUGCGGCCAGGCCCCAGGACCUGGGCACCUUCAUUCAGCAAGAAGUUGGAAAACCUGAGGACGACGCUUCAGGGAGCUUUUUUAAGCAAAUCGAUUCCUCUCCUGUGGGAGGCGAGACAGAUGAGACGGCCGUGAGCCAGAAGUACCGCAGUAGCCUGCCCCAGCCCUCGACUCCAAGCCCCCCUAAACCCACAGGGAUCUUUCAGACAAGUGCAAAUAGUUCUUUUGAACCAGUGAAAUCCCACUUAGUUGGAGUGAAACCAGUUGAGGCAGAUCGUGCCAAUGUGGUGGGCGAGGUGAGGGGAACCCAUGCCCAGCGGAAGAAGCGCAGACCCACCACCGUGCCGCCCGACGCCUGCCCUGGCAACCUGGAGCAGCCACCAGACAACAUGGAGACGCUCUUCCCACCCCAGGCCUGUCCUCUGCCUCUUACACCUACAGAAGCUGGUCAGGGGCUGGGGCCACCCUCGGAGACUGUGCUUCUGACACCUGAGAAGAGACCGUUGGCCAGGGCUCAGGGAGCCGUCAAGUGUGAGAGCCCAGCAACGACUUUGUGGGCACAGAACGAGCUGCCAGACUUUGGAGGCAACGUCCUCCUAGCCCCGGCUGCUCCUGUGCUUCACGUGCCUGCGAAACCUCAACCGUCAGAAGUGAUUCAGCCCCCAGAUGAGGGGGUGUCCGGUCAGCUGUCCCCACAGCCCGGCUGCCUCCCCCAGCUGCAGAGCAGUGAUGGCAUUGGUGCUUCUGAGAAUCUUGAGAAUCCUCCCAAAAUGGGAGAGGAGGAUGCCCUGCCGUCACAGGCGAGUUCUGGUUAUGCCAGUCUGUUGUCCUCACCGCCCACUGAAUCUUUGCAGAAUCAGCCAGUCUUGAUUGCCCAGCCCGAUCAGAGCUAUAAUUUGGCCCAGCCCAUUCAUUUUUCUGUGUCCUUGUCAAAUCCAAAUGAGAAAAGUCCGUCCUGGAGAGACGCUCGGGUGGGAGACAAACCCACCACGGGCAGCUGGGCCGUGGGGGGUGAUUAUGGAGAAAGCACUCCUCUGUUUGGGGUUCCAGCCAGCCCCCUCACGUGCUCGCCUCUACCUAACCGUCUUGCCCAGAGUAAUUGUCCACAAGUUUCUGCUAUCCCUGACGGGGUUUCUGCUCAACCUGCUCAUUUGCUGGUUCAGCCACCAUCUCAUCGAGCUCCAAAGAGCUUGCUUCCCGAAGGUCAGAAGGCUCCUAAUGCAGAGGAUGCUCUUCCAGAGUUGGCUAAUAGCCGUGCUGGGGGCGCAGAAGGCAUGUGGGGGCCACCCGCAAACACCACCUCGGGACCGCCCAGUAAUAAGGCAGAUCACCCCAGUAAUCAGGACGAGACUCCAGGAGCCCUAGACUUGACACCAAAUAGGACUUUGGACGGCCCCGUAAGGAUGUACAGCCUGUCCCAUUCUGACGGCCCGCAUUCUUAUCAGCAAACCACCCCCAGUCAUCCCAGACCACCUGGGCCUGGGGCCCAUAACCCAGACCAUUUCUACCAACAGGUGACGAAAGAUGCUCAGGACCCGCGUGGCCUAGAGAGAGCCCCGCAGGAGCCAGCGCCGCCGCCUCCGCAAGGUCCCAAAGCACCACCUUCAGAACCUUCAAACCCAGGAGGUCCACCAGCGCAAGCACAGCCCCCAGACUCAGCCCAGCCACCUGCAAGUCUGGCUCCAGCUGACCUGAGUCAGCAGCUUCUGCCUCGGCCGCCUCAGUCCUCCAGUACGUCGGUUGUGUCCAGCAGCCCAGGCCAGGCAGCCGUGCAGGCGGACCAGCAGUGGCAGCAGCCGCCCCCGGACCUGGCAUCCUACUACUAUCACAGACCCCUGUACGACGGCUACCAGUCCCAGUACCCGUCACCGUACUCGUCGGACCCUGGCACAGCCCCCCUCUAUUACCAGGACAUCUAUGGCCUAUAUGACCCCAGAUACAGGCCCUACGACAGUUCAGGAUCCACCUAUCCCGAGAACUACCGCUACCCCGAGCCUGAGCGGCCCAGCUCCCGGGCAAGUCACUGCUCGGACCGGCCAUCUGCCAGGCAGGGGUACCCUGAAGGUUAUCCCCAGUCCAGAGGUGGAUGGAGCAGCCAAAGUGAUUACUAUGCCAGCUACUACUCCGGCCAGUACGAGUAUGCAGAUCCGGGUCACUGGGAUCGCUACUCCUAUGGUUCCAGGCUCAGGGAUCCGCGCCACUAUGACCGCAGGUACUGGUAUGAUGCGGACUACGACCAGUACAGGAAAGAAAACUACGCCUAUGCUGACAGGCCCGAGAAGUACUGGAGGUAUGACCCUCGCUUCACGGGGAGCUUCGAAGAUGACCUGGAGUCCCACAGGGACCCUUUCAGAGAUGAUGGGGACAGGCGCAGUGAGCACAGUGACCACUCGGCCCGGAGCCUCGGGGCGCCCAGCCGCCGCAGCAGCUUCAGCACCCACUCGCAGCAGAGUCAGGUUUACAGAAGCCGCAGUGUUACCGCCGGUCCCUACGAGGCCCCACCUCCACCAGGUUCCUUCCAUGGGGAUUAUGCCUAUGACACCUAUGGUGCCCCGGGCUUCUCAGAGUACGGCUACCCUGCCGACGCCAGCUGGCCCGCCGGGGAGCAAGCCCCAUCAAGACCCACUUCUCCUGAAAAAUUCUCCGUGCCUCACAUCUGUGCCAGGUUUGGUCCCGGAGGCCUGCUCAUCAAGGUGAUCCCCAAUCUGCCUUCGGAAGGACAGCCCGCCCUGGUGGAAGUCCACAGCAUGGAGAUGCUGCUGCAGCACAUGCCAGAGCAGGAGGAGAUGCGCGCGUUCCCGGGGCCUCUCGGCAAAGACGACACCCAUAAAGUGGAUGUUAUUAAUUUUGCACAGAGCAAAGCCACAAAGUGUUUGCAGAAUGAAAACUUACUUGACAAAGAGUCUGCAAGUCUUCUUUGGAACUUUAUCAUUCUGUUGUGCAGACAGAAUGGGACCGUGGUGGGGACAGACAUUGCAGAACUGCUGUUACGGGACCACCGGACAGUAUGGCUUCCUGGGAAGUCUCCCGAUGAGGCCAACCUGAUUGAUUUCACUAACGAGGCCGUGGAACAGGCGGAGGAGGAGUCCGGGGAGGCCCAGCUCUCGUUUCUCACGGACAGUCAGGCCGCCACCACUGACACUCUGGAGAAAGACACCGAGAGGUUCAGGGAGCUGUUGCUCUAUGGCCGGAAGAAGGAUGCUUUGGAGUCUGCAAUGAAAAACGGCUUGUGGGGUCAUGCUCUGUUACUUGCAAGUAAGAUGGACAGCCGGACGCAUGCCCGAGUCAUGACCAGGUUCGCUAACAGUCUUCCGAUCAAUGAUCCCCUGCAGACUGUCUACCAGCUGAUGUCUGGGCGGAUGCCCGCUGCAUCCACGUGCUGCGGAGACGAGAAGUGGGGGGACUGGAGGCCGCACCUCGCGAUGGUCCUGUCCAAUCUGAAUAGCAGCGUGGACGUGGAGGCCAGGACAAUGGCCACGAUGGGCGACACGCUCGCCUCGAAAGGGCUCCUUGACGCGGCACACUUCUGCUACCUCAUGGCCCAGGUUGGAUUUGGGGUUUAUACAAAGAAAACCACGAAGCUUGUCUUAAUUGGAUCAAACCACAGUUUGCCAUUUGUAAAGUUUGCGACCAAUGAAGCUAUUCAGAGGACAGAAGCCUAUGAAUACGCACAGUCCCUCGGGGUGCAGGCCAGCCCCUUGCCCAACUUUCAGGUGUUUAAAUUCAUCUACUCCUGCCGCCUGGCUGAAAUGGGGCUUGCAACACAAGCCUUUCAUUACUGUGAAGUGAUCGCUAAAAGCAUCCUGCUUCAGCCGCACAGCUACUCCCCCGUGCUGAUCAGCCAGCUGGUUCAGCUCGCGUCCCAGUUACGACUCUUCGAUCCUCAGCUGAAGGAGAAGCCGGAGGAGGAGUCCUUCCUGGAGCCGGCCUGGCUGGCCCAGCUGCAGCGUGUGGACAAGCAGGUCCAGGAGGGUGCCGUGGUGUGGAGUCACGACGCCGCCUUCCCCCAGCGCUGUCCCAGCUCGCCAAUCUCCGAGGUGGGACAGUGUGAUGGCCCAGGACUCGUGCAGCCCUUGGGCCUGGGCACUGACAACCCGCUGCUGGUGCCACCCGUGCCCAGUGCCCAGGGCUCUGGCCUGGCCGUGCAGCUGCUGCCUUCAGUGCCGCCGACCGUCCCCGCCAGGGUGCCGAUGUUCUCAGUGCCACAACCCCUGGGCCCUGUCGAGCCAGGGCCUGGCUGUGGACCUCCAGGGUCUGCACGUGGCUUUGCUGAGCCCUCUGGGCCUGACCCUGCAGCUCUGUACGCAGGGCCUGGCCUGCCACCUGGUGCACCAUGUCUCCAGGGGAGUGAACACUUGUUCCAGGAUGUCAGGAGCCAGGACCCAGGGAUGACACCUCACGAGGCACCCGGCAGAAAGGCACUGGCUGAGCAGAGUGAAGAGGAUUUUGGUGGAAAAUUGGAUAACGUGGGCUCCUCGCGAAUGCCGCAGGACUCCGAAGCCCCUGCCAGCUGGGGGGGUGCCAGCCUCGGUGCCCUGCAGUCCCCGUCUCUGACACCCGCUCCUGAAGUGAAGAGCUCUGUUCAAGCAGCCAAAACAGAGGCCAAGGAGCCUAAGAAGAGUGGCGAGUCCUGGUUCUCUCGCUGGCUAACUGGGAAAAGGAAGACAGAAGCUUAUUUGCCAGAUGACAAGAACAAAUCGAUCGUCUGGGAUGAAAAGAAGAACCGCUGGGUGGACAUGAAUGAGCCAGAGGAGGAGAAGAAGGCUGCACCCCCACCUCCAAUGUCCCUUCCCAAAGCUCCGCAGACUGCCGCCCCUGGACCUGGAGGGCCCCCCAGAGCCUCUGUGAACAUGUUUUCUAGAAAAGCAGCUGGGACCAGAGCUCGCUAUGUGGACGUCCUGAACCCAGGGGGGCCCCGGCGCGCCGAGCCGGCCCUCGCCCCCGCAGACCUCUUCGCCCCACUCGCCCCACUCCCGAUCCCGGCUCACUUGUGCGGACCAAACCCAGAAGCAGCAGAGGGAGCCCUGCUGGCAGAGGGGGCUGGCCUGGCAGGGCAGGCACCGGCGGGGGGUGUGGCCCAGCCAGAGCCCACCUCGGAGCCCAAGGUUUUAGAUUCCGCAGCCUCGCUCCUGGGUUCUGAAGUGCAUGGUUCCCAGGGAGGAGAGCUUUCGCGCUGUAGUUCAAUGAGUUCACUGUCACGUGAAGUGAGCCAGCAUUUUAAUCAGGCUCCCGGCACCCACCCCCCCGCAGGAGGCCCUCCUGGGGCAGCAGUGCCCUUCUACAGCCCAGCGCAGUUCACACAGCCUCUGCCACCUCAGGAAGUUCAAGGACGGGGAGGACCGGCCAGAGGAAGUGCCCAGCGUUGAGCUCGACCAGCCCCUGUCUGGAUUAGCAUUUGGAACCUGAAACGACUCUACCAAGAGCCAGAUUGACUGCCUGCACUCUCCCUUCUGUCCCCAGAUGGACAAGCAGAAACUCAGGAUGCCUUCCGUCUCUCCUGUCUGAGGACACGAUGCCACAGUUAACCCCACAGCUCCUCUGAGGUCUGGAGGAAGAGUCACUUUGGCUCAGAAACUGUCCCCUAGAAGAACGAGGUCAGCGUAAACACUCGUAGUCACUUAGAAGUGUUACACUGAGUGCAACUGGGACGGUCUUUGCUGCAGGACAGACUUUGCUCUUCAGUAUGUAGGGCGUUUCUCGAAGCCCAGGGGCGAGUUCCUGCCAGAUUUGUCCCACGGUCCCUGGGAGAUGCUGGAAGAAAACGGGAACCUCCGACUCAGGAAAGAAACACUGAUGCCUGCCGCGUGGCGCCCUGCGCUCCCCUUCGGAGCCCAGAACUGUGGUUUAUGGGAGUGGCAGUGUUGCUGAGCGCCCUGACGGAGCCGUGGAAUGGGUCAGCAGUCAUACUCUUCAGGCUGGAGAGACGCCCUCGUUACUUUGGUGCAUUUCUCUGUGGCACUGCAUUUCCUGUGGCCUGAUUAGGACCACAAGGGGUGUCCUGCAGCCAGAGGGACUGGCUUGGUCCAUCACGAGGGACGAAACAGCCACCAUCGCAGAACUUGUGUUCCAAAUGUGACUGGUCCAGACCCAUCAGCCAGGGUUGAAACUGACUUCUGAAUUUGAUUUGGGUUUUCAGUAGCGAGUAGCCAGUUCGUACCCACUGUCAGCAGCCAGCGGGUCACCACGCUCUGCACACCAGUCCAAGCUGUCCUCCUGGUGGCUUCAGAGCACGAGCCAGCUGACAUGCUUCCUGUCACCUGAGUGGCGUAAUUUCAGGAGUUGGUAACAUCCUGAAGAAGGUGGCUUAAAAUAAUUUCUUGAAGUCUGGAAGCUGGUGUUUCUGCCCCUGGCUUUUCUCCCCACUGAACCUUCCGAACCAUGCGUUGGCUGCCAGCCAAGCAGACCUGCAAAGGAAGCCCCCCUCUUACUGGACUCAGAGCUUUAAGGCUUCAUCGACUGUUCUUAAAACUGUCCCCACUCUUGUUAAGUCUAAAGAGACUGAAAGGACGUAAGUAUUUAUGAAAGUCAUUAGGAAGUAAUUGCCGUAGGUUCUGCUGGGGGAAUGUAUUUUGCUUGGGGUUCUCCAUCUCAAGUAGGGAUUGUGUGAAUGCGGAGUGUGCACGGGGCCUUCCCAUUCUCCUGGUUACUUGAUCAUCUAGGAAAGACACACAGGAUGUUUUCCAAAAUGUGUCACAGACGUGUAUGACCAGACCCAGAUGUUCUUGUCACUUUGGGAAAGGCCAGGCCUUGUCAGGGGCGUCUCCAGUGUCCCUCCGUCAGUGCUCCUGUGCUUCCCGGGGCCCGAGACCCUCGGGGCGCCCUCGGCUUCCCCGGCCUGGCGCAGCCCAUUGUGCUCUGUGUCGACUGCCAGCGACUUUUGAUUGAAGAAGCUUCCUCCGAGGCGGGAGCUGCUAUUUUUCCUAAAUGCAAAUUGUUAAAUAAAAUAUUUUGCGCCCUGGAGCGCCCUCAUC